AUGAUGAUCGGCUGCCGGGGUGCCGUCGAUGACAGCCGCACAUCGCCCUUUGAGUCCUACGCACACUACAGCUUUGAGGAGCCAAUGCCCCUUGGCCGUAGACGGUCCUCGCCGGUGGUGGCGCUCGUGCUGGCGGCCACGCUGCUGCUGACGGGGCUCGCGCGGCCGCUGUCUGCGGCGAUGGGAGCUCCCAGCAAUGGCAGCUGGGGGUCUCAGCCAGG